AUGGGCUUCCUGGCGGGGGCGAUGGCACUCUUUUCCGCGGCGCCCCUGACCUUUUCUGCCGCCCUGUGGCGCUGCACCGGCUACGUCCCCAAGAUGUCGGCGGCGAGCUGUUGCGCCACGGCUAGGGAAUUGCUGUGGCGGUGGUGGUGCUCGGAGGGCGCGCAGGGCACCACAAGACCUACUGCGUCGUGGUGGCAGCAGGAAGCGAGUUGCAGGCUUGCAGAUACUACCCAGAUCAAAGAUGCAGAAUGGAGCGCCAAUUGGCCAAUUUGGAAAGGUAUCCUUCAGCAGGACAUGAAUCACCUUUAUGUUGUUAUUCAGACUACUCUUUUCGUGGUACUGGUAGUAUUUGAAGUCACGAGUCAGAUGGAUCGCUACAUCAAGUACCAUGUCCAGGAGUUUGAUAGGGCCUUCAGGGAGAGGUUCCCUGCCUGCACAUUGGCUGCUAAGAGGCACAUUGACUCCACCACUACCAUCUUGGACGUCCAGGGUGUGGGGUUUAAGAAUUUUUCCAGGACUGCUAGAGAACUUGUAAACCGAAUGCAGAAGAUUGAUAGCGAUUAUUAUCCUGAGACACUCCACCAAAUGUUUGUUGUGAACGCUGGCAGUGGAUUCAAGUGGAUCUGGAACAGUGUGAAGGGCUUCCUUGACCCAAAAACUUCAUCCAAGAUUCAUGUGCUCGGUUCGAACUACCAGAGUAGGCUUCUUGAAGUAAUAGAUUCGAGUGAGUUGCCAGAAUUCCUUGGUGGUUCAUGCACAUGUAGUGACAAGGGUGGUUGCCUUGGAUCGAACAAAGGGCCAUGGAAUGAUCCUUAUAUAUUGAAGCUGAUCCACAAUUUGGAAGCUGGAUGUAUGAGGGAAACCACCAAACCUGUUUCUGAGGGUGGAGAAAGAAGCAGCUCUUCCUUUCGGUUGGAACAGAUGAAAUGGCAGGGCAUGUUAAGCGAUACAUCAAAUGCUGAAUCAGGAUCCGAUGUUGAUGAUUUUGGUCCAUCAUUUGUUCAUAAAGUUUCAGGCUAUGGUUGCUUGACUCUGGUUCGUGAGGAGGUAAAGGGCACAGAUUGUGCAACAUACUUGAGCUGCGAUGAUCAAAGUCACCCGGAUAUGGUUCCUGAAUUUUACCAUGGAGUGCAACGAACUACUGAAAUGGUGCAGAAACAAAUGGCUGAUUUCAGGCAAUAUUCCACCAACAGAAGGCCUCAUGAUUUAGGUAUCUUAUUUUCCUAUCAUUCCGGGUAAAUGAAUUCUGAACCUGUAGUUGUUUGUUAACAUUUAAUAAAGAGUAAGGCCAUUGAAGACGGUGUAUAAUAGUAGCAUUAUUCAUGAUAAAUUGUUGCCUUGUUAAUAAAUGUUAUACCAGGAAACUAUCAUCUAGAAAAAACCUGGUUCAGCAGGAAAGCAAUUGAAAGAAGCGCAAAGUAUAAAUAAAUCUCUUUUUGCUUUGGAUGAUGUUAUUGGUGCUUUAUCUUCUGAUGGACAACAUAUACCUUACCGGAACCAUAAGUUAACAAUGCUUACGAGUGAUUAUCUAAUGUGGAUUGUCUGCAAAAAAAGGUAUUAUACUUUAAUCAGUCGUUUGUCUUUGCAUUAUGAUUAUCUAAUGUGGAUUGUCUGCAAAAA